AUGGCUAUCAACACGGAUGCCGCAUUUGGUAAAAGCGCCCUGGGGGAGAGGGAAGUCUCACAUCCCACCGACUUCCAAGACACAGAGAAACUCCUGAGCGCCGUGACCACCGAACCCACCGGGGAAAGCAGCCUCAAACCGUCCGAUACAUCUCUCAACUUGAGAAGCAGCAUCCAUUCCCUGAAUGCCGAGCAGACCGGACACCAAUCGCCAUUAAGGUCAGGCUCUGCACCAGUGUCCCCGUCCCAGCUGAGCUUCGGACCCCCCCUCCUCCUCCUCCGCUCCCCGGUGCCACCCGGUUCAGAGCCGCCGAGCUACCUGUGGCUUGCGGUGUUGUCGUGCUUUUGUCUUGCUGUGCCGGUGAACAUGUUCGCGCUGUGGUAUGCUCACAUGUCGCAGUCUGUUCUCCAGACCGGGGAUGUAGACGGAGCUAAGAGGCUGGGUCGUCUCUCUCUGCUGCUCAGCUGUAUCUCCAUGUUCCUGGGUGUGGCCGUCAUCAUCUUCAUAGUGGUCACCGGUGUAUCAGAAAACAAUGGAGACGUAUAUUGA